AUAAGUUUCAUCGUGCGUUUCAUUUCUAUUUCCUAAUCCUUUGUUCUCUCUAAGAAAGAUCAACAUAUUCUUAAUUCUCUCAAUAUGUCAAAUCACCAUUUUGGAGAACAAGGUUUCAAAUCGUUUAAGAUGAUUAUGGUAAUAUAAUAUAGUGAAACUCGGGCACUCGUCUAGUUCGUGCUGCCUUGCCUUCAUUUGAUCCAUAGAUGGGCUGUUUAAACUCUAAAACAGCCAGACGAUAUCCAGGCCAAGAAGAUCCAGUAACUCUUGCGUCACAGACUGCUUUUAGCGUCAGUGACGUUGAAGCAUUAUUUGAGCUUUUCAAGAGCAUUAGUAGGUCUGUCAUUGACGAUGGACUAAUAAGCAAGGAAGAAUUUCAAUUGGCAAUUUUCAAUAACAGUAAAAAGGAGAACCUCUUCACAAGUCGGAUCUUUGAUCUAUUUGAUGUCAAGGGGAGGGGUGUCAUUGACUUUGGUGACUUUGUUAGAGCACUCAAUGUCUUUCACCCAAAUGCACCACUAGAAGUCAAGAUAGAUUUUUCAUUUAGGCUCUAUGAUUUGGACAGUACAGGCUAUAUAGAGCGCGAAGAGGUAAAGCAAAUGGUACAUGCACUUCUUUGGGAGUCUGACAUUAAGUUGACUGAUGAAACAAUAGAAACAAUUCUUAACAAGACUUUCUUAGAUGCUGACCCGAACCAAGAUGGAAAGAUAGACAAAUCUGAGUGGCAAAUUUUUGUUUCUGAAAAUCCAUCACUGUUAAAAAUUAUGACACUACCCUACCUGAGGGAGAUAACAACAACUUUCCCAAGUUUUGUAUUUAACUCGAAGGUGGAUGAUGACAUUGCUGCUUGAAGCGUGCAUGUUUUUUGUUACACUAUCACUGAUGAUAACAGAUUUUGUUUUGUUUUGUUUUUAAAUAUGAGAUGUUGACAUAGAAAUAGAUAAAAUAAAAUAGUUAGCUUAUUUGGGGAAAUUGUAAAUCUUAUUCGCACGAAUGAAUUCCAUUUUUCAUAAGAGGAAUAACAAAAUACAAAGGGUUAUGAUUUCUUUUUCA